GAACACGCACGUCUCUUCUUUUCAAGUGAACCUUCGUGCAAGAUGACGAAGGGAACAUCCAGCUUUGGUAAAAGGCGUAAUAAGACGCACACUCUGUGCAGGAGAUGUGGACGUAGCUCAUACCACAUCCAAAAGUCGCAAUGCGCUCAGUGUGGAUAUCCUCAGAGAAAGAUGCGAUCAUAUAACUGGUCAAUCAAAGCCAAAAGGAGGAAGACUACUGGAACAGGCCGCAUGCGUCACCUUAAGAUCGUUCGACGCAAGUUCAAGAACGGCUUCAGGGAAGGUGUACCCAAGCCCAAGGCUGUUGCUGCCAAGUAAUUUACAAAAACCUUAUUUAAGACUUGUGAAAACUUCGAAAAUUCUAAGACCUAAUAAACAGCUUGAACUUUA